AUGUGCUUCGACGAGGUUAAAAUCGAGGGCGUCGAUAAGCGCUAUCACCAGGCAGUCGUUGAUGAACAGGUUGCAGGCUUGCGCGUUAGCGGCGAAGUUAUCAAGCUUCCUCCAGCUGUGCCAACACCUGAAUAUGGCGCUGGUUAUUUCGACGUCGUUGCCCGAUGCCCUAAGCUUGACCAGGAAUUCAAGCAAAUUGGCGUAGUCACGUUUCAAGUUCUGCGUCACCUUGUUCCUGACGUCUGGAGUUACGAUAAUCCUGGUGUUUGCGGCUUCUUCCGCGAGGCACUGUAUGAGCGCGAGGAGCGUCUUGAGGCUCAGGGCACCCCUGCUGUAACAUGCGAUAAAGUAUUCGAGUGGCGAUGUCCAUGCUUCGGCGGCUUGGAUGGCGAGAUCGCACACUGCGAGGCAGAGCGUUGA